AUGGCAUGCACUGAUGAAGAAAAGGUCACGUAUAUAGUGCGUCAACAAUUAGAAGUGGAAACAACCCAUAUUGGAUGGCCAAUUUUUUGUCGUUGCUUUUUGGAAAAGUAUUUUCCAGAGGACAUAAGGAGGAAGAGAGAGAAAGAGUUUCUUAACCUACGACAAGGGAGAAUGAGUAUCGACGAAUAUGCUGCAAAGUUCAAUGAGCUGUCAAGGUGCCAACAACGAGGUCAUCUCAGUUGUUACUGCCCGCUGAACGGGGGAAGACUUCCUGGAAACAAUGGCAGGAACCAAAACCGAAGUGAAGGGAAUGAGGAUGGUCAAAGCAGUAUUGGUAGUCGUAACCUCAAUGGAUGGCCAAAUACGAAAGGUAGGGUGUUUACUAUGAAUGCUGCGGAGACUACUCAAUCAGUUGACUUGAUACAUGGUAAGUGCUUCAUGCACGGAACUCCUUUGAAUGUGUUGUAUGACUUCGGCGCAACCCACUCUUUUAUUUCUGAUUCUUGUGUGAAACAAUUAUAUUUGCCCACCUCCCUGAUGAAAUGUGAUAUUCUUGUUUCUACUCCUACCAAUAGUCCUACUUUAAUUUCCAGUCCUCCUAGUGAUGGCAGGAUCGAGAGUAGAAAUCUAGGUGACUCAGAGAUCCCAACUGUGGGCAGAACCAAAAGAGAUGCUACUCAGAUUUUCAUGAUUGUUGCCUCUGAAAACGACAAGGAUGACCCUUCUCUGGACAAGAUACCAAUUGUUUGUGAUUUUUGUGAUGUAUUUCCAUAUGAUAUUCCAGGCUUGCCCCCUGUAAGAGAAAUUGAAUUCUCUACAGACCUAAUGCCUGGCACUGGCCCUAUCUCCAUGACACCCUACAGAAUGUCUCCUAUCGAACUUGCUGAAUUGAAGAAACAAUUAGAAGGGUGA